AUGGCGGCGCUCGCUCCGACGAAGAUGCUCGGCACCCGGCUCAACUUCGCCGGCUCCUCCAGGUACGCCACAGCGGCACCAACUGCUGGCGCACAGAAGAUCGUCUCCCUCUUUGAUCGCUUCAAGAAGAAGCCCGCCCCGAAGCCGAAGCCCGCCCCCGUGGCCACCUCGAGCGUGGGCAUCGACGACGAGCUCGCCAAGUGGUACGGUCCUGACAGGAGGAUCUACUUGCCCAACGGUCUCCUUGACCGGUCGGAGGUGCCGGAGUACCUCAACGGAGAGGUUCCCGGAGAUUGCAGCUACGGCUAUGAUCCUUUUGGCCUGGGCAAGAAGCCAGAGGACUUCGCCAAGUACCAGGCCUUUGAGCUCAUCCAUGCCAGGUGGGCCAUGCUCGGCGCCGCCGGAUUCAUCAUCCCCGAGGCGCUCAACAAGUUCGGCGCAAACUGCGGUCCCGAGGCAGUUUGGUUCAAGACCGGCGCCCUGCUCCUUGACGGGAACACCCUCAACUACUUCGGCAACAGCAUCCCCAUCAACCUCAUCCUCGCCGUCGUCGCCGAGGUCGUCCUCGUCGGAGGCGCCGAGUACUACAGGAUCACCAACGGGCUGGAAUUUGACGACAAGCUCCACCCCGGUGGCCCAUUCGACCCGCUCGGCCUCGCCACCGACCCCGACCAGGCGGCGCUGCUCAAGGUGAAGGAGAUCAAGAACGGGCGGCUGGCCAUGUUCUCCAUGCUGGGCUUCUUCAUCCAGGCCUACGUCACCGGCGAGGGCCCCUUCGAGAACCUGUGCGCGCACCUCAGCGACCCCUUCGGCAACAACCUGCUCACCGUCAUCUCCGGCGCCGCCGAGAGGGUGCCCAGCCUGUGA